UUGGUUUUUGAGGAAACUUAUUCACUCACAAACAUCAACCAGUACGCUUAAAUAUAUUCACAUUCUCAAGAAUCUUGACCAACCUACACAACCCACAUUGAGUUUUUGAAGUUCGAGUAUGGCCAGCACUAAGGUGAUUGGUGCUGCGUUCUUGGUUUUGCUCCUCGUGGAGCUUUCCUUUGCUGCUAGGUCAUCAAAGGCUAUCAAAGCAGGUAGGGGUAGUGGUGGUGGAGGUGGAGGAGGAGGAGGAGGAGGAGGGGAAGGAGGGGGUGGCUCAGCUUCCGGGUCUGGGUCCGGGUAUGGUUCCGGGCAUGGCUUUGGGAGUGGCUCAGGGUAUGGUAGUGAAGGAGGAGGCGGUGGGGGUGAAGGUGGAGGCGGUGGCGGUGGUGGUGGAUCCGGUGCAAAUGGUGGUUCUGGGUCGGGAUAUGGGUCCGGCAGUGGCUCGGGAUAUGGGUCUGGUGGUGGGAAAGGAGGUGGUGGAGGCGGCGGAGGUGGUAAAGGUGGUGGUGGAGGUGGCGGUGGAGGCUCGGGUUCAGGAAGUGGGUCAGGUUAUGGCUCCGGAUAUGGAAGUGGAAGUGGGAAUGGGAGGGGGGGGGGGGGGGGGGGGGGGGGGGGGGGGGGCGGGGGGGGGGGGGGAAGCGGCCACGGCGGUGGUAGGGGCUCUGGCUAUGGGUCAGGUUAUGGGUCAGGAUACGGUGGGGGAGUCGGGGAAGAUGAUUCACCAUGAAUAUAAUAUUACAUGAACUUAUUUGACUGUUAGGUAAAUUUUCAUCGUUGCCCAUUUGUAACUCUGAAAUAAAUGCUUAGAUUUCACCAUCACUUUAUCCAUGCAUCCAUAUAUCGGUAUAAAUGUGGUGGUGGACGUAGCAUAUGUGCAUGCCACCUUUCCCUGUUAAACAUUUAUAAUUAUCACAUUGUUAGUCCGAUUAUACUAUUAAUAAAGAAAGUUUUUUUUUUUUU